UAAGGAGGCUCGUCCCAGAAGCUCUUUGAUUACUUACAUCCUUCGCUAAAAACAUCCCCGACUCUUUUCUCAGUAUGAAAGAAGUCAGGGAUGUUAUGAAGAAUGCAGCAAGAACCUGCUCAAAUAGAUACCGUAGAUGGUCCAGAAUGGAGCCAUCAUUUUUCCUCGCGUGGUUUUGCAGGAGGAGCGUCUUCAACGUCAGGAGCAUCUUCCACAGAGUCGUCGUUUUUUAGCAGUUCUUCUCCUUCUACGUUGGCUUCGGCAGAAGUGGAUGCUCCUUCAUCAGAACAAGUUGGGACUCCUUCAUCAUCUUCAGCGGAAGAUACUACUUUAUCGGAUACAACAGAAGAUGUCGAUGCGAUCAAUCAUAUGGAACAAUUAUCGCUAGAUCACGGGAUAGAGACCACUCCAGCUGGCAGUGCCAAUCUGGUACGUGGCAUAGUUCGCAGAGAGCGGAAUUCGCGAGGGCGGUUCUCUAGUCGGAUCGGGCUCUCUUCGAAGAGACAGGCAAUAGAUACUAGUAGAGAACUCUCUAGUAGUAAUCGACCAGUGACACGGGAUGACUUUGCGGAACCUGAAACUCAAUGGAGAUCAGACAAUGGAGAUCAUCAUAGUCGACAAAACGGUGCGUCGAACAAGAACUUCUUCAACAACUAUAGUUGCGAUUCUUCCUCUGCGUCUGCACUUGGGGAGUUUUCCAAUCAUUUUGGAUUAGCAGGAACGACCUCAAGUUCGCGAUCCAGCCGUCUCAGUCUCUACGCUGACCGCAGUUUACUUGGUGGCAGAAGGAAAAAGCCUAGGUGGUUGAAACGUGUCACCUUAAUUUAAGGCUAGCAGUUUAUCACUAUCAUGCUAUGUGAACCAUACAAUCAACGGAGUGGAGUCCCGUCCCUUCCUUGAAGCUUUCAAAAAGGGAAAGAAUAAGAAACUACAGGGGUGGAAAAUAAGGAGAACUACUUACUCACUCAACCGGAUCAACCAGCAGCAGCGAUCCUAGUGAAAAGCUUCUAGCUGGCUUUAAUUAAUACCUGGGAACGCGAUAGUGAAGCAGUCAGUGGCGGAACGCAGUAAGAAGUUGAGGAACCCCAAAACAGCUUUGGAGUUGGAGAUGUACUAUAGGUCUUCUGGUGCGUCUUCGCUGGGCGGAAGUAGAAUGCUCUCCAGAUUGUAUGGCGAUAAUUACGAAGUCGGGAUGGGAGUGGCGGGAGUGCCUCGUGAGGAUUCGGAUGGUGGCAAGGGUGUUGGUGGAGUCGAUCGAAGCAGGGGAAGAAGAAGGCACUAUCCCGUGGAACCAGAAAUUAAACGCGCUAAAGUUGAAGAUCUCGCUCAAGAACACGCUCAGGAAGAGACGAGAGCGUUUGCAGAAGAUCAAACGCAGAACAUCAAUCAUAGUCCAGCUCCACCAAAGCACACGCCUCCAGGAAAGCAACUAGUGGAUUGGAUGCUCUACUCCUCUGAUUUUGGAACACCUCAACGAAUCGCUGACGCACCUUGUUCAGAUGGGGUCUAUUCAAUACCAGACGAUUUUUUUCCCUCGGAUCACAUUCCUUUGGUGACCGAUUUUGAUAUCUUUAUUCAAGUCCCCAAAGGCGACAUCAGAAGGGAAUGAAAAAUCUUGAUCUUCAAGAGGACGGACAUGAUCGUAGAACAGGGUUGCCGGAAGAUUGAUAAGAGGAGCAUCAAAGCGGGUUUCGAUCAUCUAUUGCUAUUCAGUCAAUGAAUACUGUUUUCG